GGAGAUUUAUAGAGAUACCCGGUUGGCCUCUCAAUAGGGCAUUUGGAGUCCACAUAAAGACGGCCUCGUCCCAGCCUUAAACAUAUCCAUUCCAUCUUCAGCUCAUUCAUUUCUUCAGUCUUUUUCAUUUCAUCUCCGGCUGUGCCGAUUUAUCGAUCAUUUCUCGCUCAUUCACACUCUCUCUUAUUCCAAAACUCAAAAGGAGAUUUUUCAACAUGCAUUUCACAACUACGGUCCCAGUCGCGCUCUCUGGUUUGUUUGCUGCAUCUGUUGUAUCUGGCUUUUCAGCGCCUACUCGAGCUAUGUCCCUUCGUUUCGCAGGUGCUAUCGCCGUCAUGGCAGUGCCAGCCAUCGCCGUCCCUGUCGGCAUCCCUGAAGAACUGGUUGCUCGAAACGCAACUACUGCCGAAGACAAGAUAAAGGACAAGAAGAAGGAUGACAAGAAAAAAGACAAAAAGAAGGACAAAGCUUCCUCUACCGCUGCCGCAGCCGAGGCCACUUCCACUGCAGAUGUAAAACGUGCUGUAAUCGAAGAAGAACUCGUCGCCCGAAAUGAAACAUCAGCCAAGGACGACAAGAAGAGCAAGAAGAAGGACGACAAGAAGAAGGACAAGAAGAAGGACAAGGCUUCAUCCACAGCAGCUGCCGCCGAGGCAACUUCUACCGCAGCAGCUAAGCGUGACGUUGAUGAUCUCGAGACAAGAGAGCCGGAGCCAAAGAAGGACAAGAAGAAGGGAGAUAAGAAGGGGAAGAAGACAAAGUCUGCCACUGCUGCGGCGGCUGUCGCUACUUCUUGAGAGAGGGGUGUUGAGGAAAUGGCGAGUGGGAGCUGUUGAAAAAGGGGUUUAAUGGAUUGCAUUUUCUGGAGCAUAGUGAGGAUUACCAUUUCGUAGAUCGAAAUACAAGC